UCUAGUGAAAAGUUUUAGAUUGAGUAUGCAGAGAGGAAAACACUAAACUGCGGUUGUGUUAAAUUGAGCCUAUAACAAUAUCAUCCUACCUCCCCCCUCCCGUUCCAGCUUCCUGUAAUAAUGUGAAGAUCCUGCAGACGAGAGAGAAAAAAAACACACAUUGUUGGAAUACACAGAUGGCUGCAGCAAGUUGUGGAGAACAAACGAAUUAAAAUAUCUGAAGCUCCAAGAUACUAUCGACUUAAACCAAGAAAAAAACAAACUUUUUUUAUGUAUUGGAGCCCUUUUUGUUUUUAAAAGGAGAGAUUGGUAUCCCUUUGUAUUUUUUUGAAAGAUGGCCCUUUGCCUGAAGCAAGUCUUUAAUAAAGACAGGACUUUUCGACCCCGAAAGAAGUUUGAGCCUGGAACCCAACGCUUUGAGCUCUUCAAGAAGGCGCAGGCCUCCCUUAAAUCUGGUGUCGACCUCAAGACUGUAGUUCAGCUUCCUGCAGGGGAGAACCUCAAUGACUGGAUUGCAGUCAACACCGUAGAUUUCUUCAAUCGCAUUAACCUCAUCUAUGGUACCAUUUGUGAGUAUUGCACCGAAAGGAGCUGUCCCGUCAUGUCUGGUGGUCUCAAGUAUGAGUACAGAUGGCAGGAUGAGCACAAGUAUAAGAAACCAACCAAAGUAACUGCUCCACAGUAUAUGAAUUUGCUCAUGGACUGGAUUGAGGCCUUGAUCAAUAAUGAGGAAAACUUCCCCACUCGUGUUGGUGUUCCUUUCCCCAAGAAUUUUAUGCAACUGUGUAAGAAGAUUCUCACGAGACUUUUCCGAGUCUUUGUUCAUGUUUACAUCCACCACUUUGAUCGGAUUACUGCCAUGGGAGCAGAAGCCCACGUCAAUACCUGCUACAAGCAUUUUUACUACUUUGUGACAGAGUUUGACUUGACUGAUGAGCGGGAGUUGGAACCUCUGAAAGUGAUGACAGAGAAAAUUUGCCAUUGAUUCCAGCUUGAGAGAGGCAUUGCAGCAAGUCUCUCCAGUGACAUAAAACCUAAAAAUUGAGCCAUUUACUGCCUUGAACAGAAGAUUACCAGGAAGUUAAAUGCUACAAUCUGAAUCCUUGUGAAGAUUUCUCAUGGGAAAUCAUUAAAAGCAUAAGUUAAGAAUUCCUAAAAAUACUUCAUGGGAAUGGAUUGAUGGUGAUGGAAUACAUACUGCAUUUAGAUGGCUAUCACUCACAUCCUCCCUUUUUGUUCUCAAAUCUGAUGCAGUCCAAUCAAUUGAAAACAGUUCAGCUCUCCACAAAUGUAUUUAGAUUCCCAAACAAAAGUUUCCAUGCUGUACAUCUCUAUGACUCUAUGACCUGGUUGAACACUGACACAGGCCAACAGAUCCUUGUCACUUCAUCACGACUGUUUGUUCCUAAAUUACUUGGUUUAUAAAAUGUUUUUGACUUAAUUGAGGAUUCCUAUGACAAUAUAUUUAAAGACUAAGUGGCCGCCACCAUCCACUCCUCAUAUUUCUGAUGUCACAUUGGCAAUGGAUGUACAUUUCAUCAGAGUACCUCCUGGAGCACUUCGAUACCACAGAGCAAAAAUAUACUGCUUUAGCAUCGGCUGCCAGGAAUCAGAAAUUAUAUUGACUGCAAACCAAAAGUUUUCAGACAUGUGCAAAACUAUUGAGGUUCAAGUGUAUUCCAUCCUGCCAUGACACAAGGGGAUUAGGGAUAUGCUAUCAAGAUCAACCAAUACCAUUCCAGCUCUGGAUCAUCCAGGAUCUGAUCUGUGUCCUGUGAGCACUGGGCAUAAAAUACCAGCAGCCCUACACCAUCUGUGGUAAAAGGAUAGAUUAGUUUUUACUCAGUGUAAUGAUUCAAAAUAUCCUCAUUUUUAGUUUAUAAAUUAAUUCUUGUCUCCCAUACAGUGAACAGUCUAAUGCAGCAGAAUUACUAGGAGUCCAAGGAUGAUACUGCAGACUUUUAAAUUUUUACCAGAACAGUAACAUGGCAGAAACUUGGAUACAGAAGUUGUACAUUAUUAUAUCAAGAAGAAAAAUUAUUCAUCUGUGAUACAUCAAGAGCUGAAGGGCUUAUGCCCAAAACGUUGAUUCUCUUAUGCCUCGGAUGCUGCCUGACCUGCUAUGCUUUUCCAGCACCACACUCUCGACUCUGAUCUCCAGUGUCGGCAGUGCUCACUUUCUCCCAUGUCAAAAGCUGACUCUGAGAAUACAGAAAUGAGAUUUGACAGGAAUAAAAUGUUUGCUUUUAUUGAAUAAUUAAUGUUCUUUUACACAAUUUAAAAUUGAGGCAAUUUAGUCUCACACUGUCAGAUCAGAGUAACAUGCCAGCUUUUGCACUUUCAAAAUCUGUCAAAUAACUGCUUGAAGUCACCUCGUAUGAAACUUAGUUGAAAUGUGUGGUGCUGGAAAAGCACAGCAGGUCAGACAGGAGAAUUGAUGUUUCGGCCCAAAACGUUGAUUCUCCUGCUCCGGGAUGCUGUCUGACCCGCUGUGGUUUUCCAGCACCACACUUUUCGACUCUGAUAUCCAGUAUCUGCAGUCCUCGUUUUCUCCUCGUAUGAAAUUUACUCAACUUUUGAAUUGGAUGCAAGUUACUUUUGAGCCUUUGUUUUAAAUGUACCACACUUACUAGGUUUUGUUUAAAAUUCAAAAUAGCUGUAGGCCCUUGUAUACAAAAAAUGGCAAUGAAUGUGUCACAGUCAUGCCUUUAGAUAAAUGUCAACCAAUAGAUUCCAGUAUUUUACAGAAAAUAAAUGCCAACUGCAUUUUGUUUUAACCUUGGAAUAUUUUACUGUGACUUAUACUAAAAUAUGUGAAGAAUGUCAGCUCUCUGAGAAUAACAUUUAAUCAAAAUGAUAAAUCUGUUGGAGUUAUUUUCUAUACAGUCGGUUGAAUGGGUAAGAAUAUAAGAAAUGGGAGCAGAAGUCUAUAUUGCCCCUUGAGCCUCCUUCACAAUUCAAUUUGGUCAUGGCAGACUUUCUGCCUCAACUUCACUUUCCUGCUCACUCAUCACAGCCCUUUUCCUGAUGGUACAAAAAUCUAUCACCUUAAACACACUCAACAAUACAUCCAAAAUUCCAAAUUUUCACAACUGUCUUGAGUACAGGAAUAUCUCUUAAUCUCAGAUUCUCCCCUCAACCUCUCAAUGUUGACCCUUUAGAAUUUUAUAUGAUUUAAUGAAAUCGCCUCUUAAUUUUUCUAAACUCAACUUUCAUCUUAGGGACCAACCCAGUAACCACUGGCUAACUGCUGAAUAAGUGAUGUUGUUUGUAAUUAAGCUUCUGCACAACAUAUAACGCACUGUUCGUUGAAAAUGAAUCCACACAAAUUACUGAAAAUACUGUUGUUUAGCCUGAAGAGAAAUAAGUAAUACAAAUUUAUUUACAGCACUGUGCUCCAACUGGCUUGAUGCUUUUAUUAUCCCUGAAUUAAAUGAUUUAGUUUGAUUGGGGACAAAUCCAGGAAUAUCUAUCCUAAUAUUUUGUUGCUCAAAUAUUGAAAACCUUUUUUUU